UUUGUUUAUGCGCGGGCAGAUUUUUAAAAAGAAAAAUGGCGGAUAUGAAUUCUGGAAAGCAAUCGGAAAGCAGCUGCGACAGCUCUGCUGAACACAAGAAGAAGGUCCACCAAGAAGAAAACCCUCAGCAGGGACUCAAAAGACUUUGCCCUGGGAGUCCAAGCCCAGCAGCUCCUCACCCCAAAUCUCCCCGCAGACACACUCCUGCCUCCACCACCACCAACACCCAGAUGUCAGAAACAACAGAAGUACAGAUGGAGCCAGCUCUGGAGCCGUGUUCUGGAGAAGAGGGGCAGGGAAGGGACCCAGAGGGGUGUGUUCUAACAGAGGGUCGGUCAUUGAGCCCCAGCAGCACGCAAAGGAAAUCCUGGAGGAGGUCAACCAGGGGCCGACGCUCUCUCCCUGCCCUCCCCAACACCUCCCAGACUCUAUGCAGGUCAAUCAGCCAAUCCCUACCAGAGGAGGAGAGGCUGGAGAAACUGAUGGAGGCCUCUAUGAGGCUGGCAGUCGAGAAGUUACAAGACUCACUGAGCACGACACCCAACGCCAGUUUAGAGUCACUUCAGACACAAGUGGAGGCUGUACAGAAGGGGUGGUGUUGCCUUGCCAAAGACCUACGCAGUGAGCCUCCGUGUCAGCAACCUCCCACUAGCACAGCCAGUGACACUGCAAUGCAGAAUACCAUGGAGCAGACCAGGAAGGCUAUACACAGGCUGCAGGCUGAGAGUGCAUCAUGGGAGUCCCUGUUAGACAAGCACCGGAGUAAAGCUGAAGAAUUGGCCAGGCGAGUGGAGCAGGGCCAGGAGAAGGGGGUGACGUUAGACCCUAGCUGCCUGGCCCAGUCCUCACAGAGCCAGCUCAUCCAGAACAAACCUGAUUACCACAGCCUGCUCUGCAGACAGCAGCCCAUACUGUCCACCAUGGACAUGGUGAUGGACACCCAGUGUAAGAUGGUCAGGGAGCUGUUGUCCAUACAGGAACAGUCUCAGCUACUGGUGAAGGAGACAAGCAGGAGAUUGGCGGCUGAUGGGGGAUUCCAGGAUCUCCCCUCUGACCCGGUCAGGGAUCUACUGGCAGGACCCCUAUCCUCUGUAUCAACCAACGCAUCAUCCACCGUAUCAUCCUAGUACCUCUUUCUUAGGGUUGUCACAAUUCAGUGUCAGGAUACUACCAUACUUGAUUUUUCAUGGCAAAAAAGAAAAAACGAAUCAGACUGAAUUCUGGCUUUGUACAAGCAGGGCAAAGCACACAUUUUAAUAGCACAGAUUGUAUUGUUACCUUUGGUCUCGUCCAGGUUCGCUCAAUGAAUGACCAAUAGGAGAAAGAUCAGUCUGUUUUUUUCUUGGGUGUCUCCGGUAUUGAUGUCAUGUCUUAACUCUGUAUCCAUGGCUCCCUGACUUAGCUGUUCUCUGUGGUGCCUUGUGUGGUUGUGUUUGUAAAUAAUAGUCUGGUAUCUUCCUUCAUGGGAUAAAUGUGGAUUAUUUCUGCCAUAA